CUAGAAGAGGUUUGUCUUCUUCAUGAUGCGCAUGAACUCCUCCUCGUUGAUCUCGCCAUCGCCGUCGCGGUCAGCCUCGUCUAUCAUCUACACACACACACACCGACACACACAUCGACACACACUCACACACGAGUGUGUCGGUGUCUGGUAGGUUGGUGCCCACCUCCUGCAGUUCCUCAUCGGUCAUGUUCUCGCCUAACUCCUUGGCAACACGCUUCAGGUUCUGUGCACACACAGGGACAAGGAAUGACAUACACUCACGACCGACCGACAUAUAUCGGAGAGAGGGCUCUCUGGCUGCUUCCAUCCAUCCAUCCAUCCAUUCAUCCAUCCAUUCAUCCACACACAAACACAACACAAGGAAGGGACCUUGAAGGAGAUCUUGCCGGUUUCGUCGUCGUCGAAGAGCCUGAACGCCUUCAGAAUCUCCUCCUUGGGAUCCCUCUCACUCUGCACACGUAGAGACAGAUGCGGGGAUGGAUGGAUGGAUGGAUGGAUGGAUGGCCAGGCCACACAGACAGUGAUCGAGUUGGUGUGCGUAUCCUCCCCCCUGCACACCAUACCAUUUUGAGUGUCAUCAUGUCGAGGAACUCGUUGAAAUCGAUGGUUCCCGAACCGUCCUUAUCGAUGUCAGCGAUCAUCUUGCGAACCUGCAUACGACGGAAGGACACACACAUCACAGGCAUUGCAUUCACACACAGAGCAGCGGAUGGGAUGAGCCCCGCUCUGCUCUCUUCUCUGCCUGCCGAUCGUUGUGUGCGUCUGUCUGUCUGUCUAUCUGUGUGUGUGUGUGUGUGUGUGAACCUCCUCCUUUUUGGGUUCGAAGCCGAGUGCCCGCAUGGCGACCUUCAACUCCUUGGCGUCUAUCGUACCUGCAGCACACCACACCCACAUUCACAUUCACCACACACCAAAUGUGUUAUAUAUGAAAUGUGUGAUCAAGUGAGUGUGGCAACGUGCCCAUCCAUCCUCCCUCCAAUGCUCAUGCAUUCAUGAGUGAGUGCUGUCCCGCCCCGCCCACCUACCUGAUCCAUCGGUGUCGAAGAGGUCGAAAGCCUCCUUGAUCUCCUGCUUCUGCUCGUCCGUCAACUCCAUCCUCUUGCCGCGGCCCGUCGGCCGCUGAGGCGCAUUCUUCCGCAACUGCAGCCAGCCACAGCACACACACCAUGAACCAUCAUCACAACGCAUUCAGAUGCGAACGCAUUCGUUCAUGCAUGUGGCCACCGGCUUUGUUGCUCACCAUGGUCGGAUGCAGCUACACUCACGUGUGUCGGUGGUGCUCACACAGGCUCUCUACAGCGAAAG